CUUCCGGUUUUUGUUCAAACGUCUUUUGCUCCAACAACACGAACAGACACACAAUAGCGAGCAAUUUAUGAAAUCAAGCUCAUAUUUGAACAUUUUUAUUAUAUAAAGAAGCUUCUUUCGACGGAGAAAACAAUAUUAAGGAGAUUACUGUUGGAAAAAAUAUCAGAUCUCCAGCCAUGGCAGAGUGUGAUGCCGAAUGGGAAUUAUGUAAAGAAAAUAUCCAGCCUUUGAGACAAGGCCGUACCAUAUCAGCCCUGCACCAGGCCCUGUGUCAGCAGCAGGAGGGGAACCACACGGCCCUCAAUCAGAAGAAACAAGCGUUUGAGUCUGAGCUGCGGCUGUAUGACGGAGACGACCCUCUCGACGUGUGGGUCAGGUACAUAAAAUGGACGAAGCAGACGUUCCCACAGGGUGGAAAGGAGAGUAAUUUAUCAGUGCUUCUCGAAAGAGCAGUCACACGCUUCACAGCUGACAAGAAAUAUCACAAUGACGCUCGCUACGUUGAGCUCUGGAUCGAAUUUGCUGAGGGCUGUUCUGACCCGAUGGACGUCUUCCGCUACAUGCAGGCUCAAGGAAUCGGAACCAUGCAGGCGGCUCUUUACAUCGCCUGGUCUGAAGAGCACGAGAAGAGGGGGAACUUAAAGAUGGCUGACAGCGUUUUUCAGGAUGGUGUCAAGUGUGGAGCAGAACCUGCAGAUAAACUACAUGCGUUUCACAGAGCUUUGCAGGCACGAGUCUGCAGACAGAUGAUGUCAUCCAUGACAGAUCAGCAAAGGGAUGAAGACGAAGAUGAUGAAGGACCCGCAGACCCUCAGCGAUCGUCACUGGCUGAGCUCAAAGCCAGAGGGAAGAAAAAGGCCGUCGUUCCCAUCAACAGAGUGAACGCGUCUGUCGGAUAUGCACGUGGGCUCCAGUUUAAACAGCCGUUGGGCCCCAAACAGAACAGUCGCCUUGUGAUAUUUGAUGAGAAUAAAGCUGAAACUGAGCCGCAAGAACCCAAAUUUGAGAUCUGGACGGCGCCACCUACUGCCAGAGCCAAAGAGAACGAACAGAAACCUGAGAAAUGGAGCAAUGUGAAGUUGCCCCUCAAGUCCAGAUCGGGUCUCAGUGUCGCGGUUCCGCCUCCUAAACCCAGUUUCCAGCCGUUUGUGGAAGAGGACGACCAGCCGCCCACUGUAACUCCCUGUAAAAUCAAUCCUGCGGUGAACCCGGUGCUGUCAGCGAGGAAGCCCUGCAGACCGGAGCAGACGCCGCUGAAGAAGCUGCAGGAGAGACAGCAGCUCAUGCAGCUCCAGACGCAGGAAGACGGAAAGAGCCGAGAACAGAGCAUGUACUGCAGAGAGCUGCUCUACAGCGGAGCCACAGAGUUCUGCUUCGAGGAGCUGCGGGCCGAACGCUACUGGCAGAAACACGCUCACCAACUCCAGACGAGAGACGCUGGAAGGCCUGAGGAUUCCAGCACAAACUGAAGGAGACAGAUGAGCUGUGUUUGCAGUCUUCGAUGUUUGAAACUCGCUGAUGACACCUAAAAAUGCUGUAGGCUGCUCACAACAAAUAUUUGUUGUAGUUGUGUUUGUGUAUAACUGUUCCUGUGUUUUUGUACAUAGACUUUUUCUUUUUGUAUAUACAUACAUUUUGUAAUGCAACAGUUUUUUUAAUAUUGUGAUUUCUUGUAGAUGUGGUAAUUAAUGCUUCAAUAAAUGCAACUGAUUCCAUAACAUCAAA